AUGCUAUCGUAUGAUUCUCCUGUCUCGGUGAACGGUCAGAGCUCCGCUGCAUCAACAAUCAUGUCCGCCACUCGCCAAAACAUGGCGUCCACGCCGAAAACCGUGCGACUGCCGGCGCCGGCCCUUUCCAACGGGAGUCUCACAAACGGUGCCGCCUCGUCCACCAAUGCCUCGCUGGCAAAGCAACACCACAUCUGGUUGGUGACGGGACCUGCUGGGUGUGGUAAAAGUACAGUAGCAAAGUAUCUUGCUACCUGCCUCCAUAUACCUUAUAUCGAGGGCGAUGAGUACCACCCACAAGCGAACAUCGACAAGAUGAGCGCUGGCAUCCCACUGACCGAUGCCGACCGGUGGGACUGGCUCACAGCCCUUCGCGAGGCGUCGAUUCACGAGCUUGAACAGGGCCACGACGGCGUGGUGUUGACGUGCUCCGCGCUGAAGCGCAAAUACCGCGAUGUCAUACGGGUUGCACCAUAUUUCACACCCAACCUCCACUUGCAUUUCAUCUACCUCGACGCCUCGGAAGAGGUCCUCCUCCAGCGGGUCCUUGCCCGCCAGAACCACUAUAUGGGCGCGAACAUGGUACACAGCCAGUUCGACAUAUUAGAACCGCCCACCAAGGCCGAGGUCGACGUAAUCAGGGUUGACGUGAGCCGCCCAGCCGACGUUGUCAUGGCCGAAGCACUCGACAAUGUCUUGAAGACCAUGGACCAGGUCCAGGGGGCCAGUGCCCAAAAAUGA